UUAGUCGUGUUUCACGGCAAGUCUAACUAGGUCAAUGUUACGGAAGCUGUUAGUUAACGCUAAUUGAAGGCCUGUAUUAGUUCAAUUGGCUCGUGUUAUUGUGGUAUCAAACAGGUGUUAUGUCCAAAUCUGUUGUCCCUUCGAAAAAGAUUCCCCUUCCUGUUAAAAUUGCGUUUCCCCUUAACACCACCUCCACGGUUGCGGUUAGGAUUUAGAUUAUGGUCGCCUAGUGGCAUAGUAGAGAUAGUUGUGGUUGGGGUUAGGUUAAGCAGCUCACGAGACUAUUGGUUGAAGUUAUAGGGAGAACGGGGGGACACUUAUUGACGGGGUAACAAACUUCGACGCAACACCUGUUCCAGAACCAUUCUUUUCCCGCGGAGUGUACGGCGUCGCUGCCCGAACAGUGUGUACUGGGAAUGGCCACGUUUCUUGAAAAGUACCGCUGAAACUACAAGGAAGCUAGGCAGAGAUUACUUUAAGAGCGACUUGACUGCUGUGAUUAGCAACUAGCCUACAGCCCAGGUUUUAGCAGAAGAGAGACUUUAUCACAUUGUAACAGAACCAGAAUACUACCAGUAGCCUAGUUGUCAGUAGGCCUACAGCUUUUUUCUCUUUUUUAUUACCAUGUUGUAGGCUACAGUCAUGUUACAAGAUGAGCUUCCAUCAUCUUACAACAGUUAUUACAUUCAAAACUGGAUUGAUGUAGGCCUAGUGAAUCUCAUAGCAACUAUACUAUUGAUGAUAAGCUUCAUUUUUUCGAGUAAGACUGAAUUCAGAGAAAACUGUAUAUUAUUGGGUUUUAAACUCAUUGUUAAAUGAAACAAGGAAUUUGAUACCAACUCAGGUUCAUAAGUGGGCAUUUUUCAUGAGAAAAAUAAGCAGAAUAAUCAAUUACGAAAACAAUAACCAGUUGAAGCCCUAAAAAGUGUAUGAUUUCUCUCUUUAGUUUAGUUCUUAAGUGUAAAGAUUUCACAUAUGAAUCCUUUUUUUUUCUUUGGUUAAUUUUCCUCUAGUUCAUCGUGGUCAUGCAGCUGUUGAUCCGCCGCUACCGUCCCUCAGACAAGGACACAGUGCUGAGGCUGUUCAGCACCGGCAUUCAGGAGCACAUCGUUCCAUGUUUUCACAAUGCCAUGACCAGCGUGGACUACCUCACCAUCACCCUCGCUCUGUGUGGUGCUGGCUACCUCCUUGGAUCUGUGUUAGGGGCUGUGCUGUUACCAGGAGUCUGGGUGGGCCUUGUCUACUACUGCUGUCAUGAGCUUUAUGCCAGCUACGUCAGAGGGAGACUCCGGACUGACAUGCAGGACAUUCCUGGGAACUACCUGAGCAGACCAGAUGACUGUUUCUGGGUGGCUGAGACUGAGGUCGAUGGGAGGUCCCAGAUCGUGGGUAUUGUGGCUGUAGUGGCUAGACAAAGCGGGAAGGAAAAGUACGGUGAACUGUUCAGAAUGAUAAUCUCGCCGUUGUGCAGACGCACUGGCCUGGGCUCCAGGAUGACUCAGACAGUGGUUGACUUCUGUAAGGAACAAGGUUUCUCCAAAGUGGUGCUGGAAACCAGCUCCACCCAGACCGCUGCUGUGGCACUGUACAAGAAACUGGGGUUCAGCCACGUGCUCUCACACACCAAAACAGAGGCUCCCCUCUGGAUGGUAACACUAACCAAAGUCACGGUUUUAAAAAUGGAAAAACACCUGUAGGCUUUAACAACACUCCUCCUUAUCAGUGGUUUAAGCUUUUACAUGGGUAAUACUUGAAUGCAAUGAACUCGAACAAAAUCUCAUUUAAAACAAGGAGAAAGUUCAUUUUACUUGUACUGUACAUGGUAACUGUACAGAUCAACUUAUCUGAAUGUUUUAAACAUGACACAGUCCUCCUCUUAUAAUCCUAUCGGACCAAUAUACACAAGACUGUUGAUUGUGGCACUGUCUGUAUUUUUUAUGACAACUAGUUUGAAAUACUGUGAUUUUAUGUCACAAAUCUUACUGAUUACAUGUAACUGUUUCACACAAGAGAAAUAAAAAAACCA